UGUUCAUGUCUGUUACAGUCUGUUUUAUUUGCUUUGUUGUUGUUCUCGAAUGAGAAUUGUUCUGUACAAAUUCAGCUGCACUGAGUAGUUGUGUGACCAGAAAUAAUCAACAACCUCUUAUGAUCUACUUUGUAUUCAGAGUCUGUCUCGCUUUUUUUUUUGAUGCAGACAUAGAAUGAAAAUAGAUUCUUGACAAAACCUUGUGACAACCAUUUGCAGGAUGUGCUUAUAUUGGUUCACUUUUCCUUUUAAGCUCGGAUUCAUAUCUAUUGCUGUUGUAGGUAAAAUUCUUUGUUUUUUGCUUUAAGGUCGACAUGAAGACACUGAUGAUUAAACUUUUGGUCAUCUUCAUGCUUGGAGGGCUGCAUGCAAACACUCAAACAGAAGAGAUGGGUUUCAACGAAGAUGAGCAGCACCUCAGGAGAAGAUACGCCGAGUCCGUCAUCGCCAGCGAAAUCAGCAAAAUCAGGGAUUCCAUGGUGCAGAGAAACUUCAUCAAUUUCUUGCUCAGUCAAAAGGGGAAAAGAAGCAGGUCUGCUGCUGUAGAGGAAGAUCAGGAGGAACGUUGGUACAACGACCUGCUGAAGCUCAGCCUGCAUGACAAGCAGGGAAACAUCUAGGUGGGUUUUUCAUUCUUCAGAAAGCCUACAAAUGACGUAAUUAGCAGCCAAAAAUAGAAUAUUGUAUGACGUAAUCCCCAGACAAACUGAUGAGUUGGUUGAUUUGCAGAAAAAUAUAACUUGAUAAUUGAUUCAUCGUUAUUUUUCAAACAGAAAUGACAAACGUUCCCUUCAGUUCCAACGUUAUAGAUGUUAAGAUUUGAAUAACUUUUUGUGUUAA